AUGAAGUUCUCCACUCUCGCCCUUCUUACCAGCACUGCUAUCGCUGCCGAAACCGUCGACCUCAAGAUUGUCUCUGACAACUCUGAGCUCAGCGGCAAGGGCAUCCAGGCUCUCCACGAGGGCGCUGGUAUCAGUUACUUCGGUGUCUCUGACUAUCUCGGUGAAGAAUUCAGCUACGACACUGACAAGAAAUUGCUUACCCAAACCCAGGGCUCUUACACCGCUAACGUUGGUGUUAGCGGAAACUACUUUGCUGUUGGUCCAGCUGUUACGCCAAGCGAGGUGACUUUUGAUGACGAGGGAAACCUCAGCUUUGACAAGCAGCUCUACGCUUGCAAGCAGCUCAACGACCCUUACCAUUACUUUGAUGACAGGUACGGUGUUGUUGUGGAUGAUGCUCCAAACGACUCCUGUGUCAAGAUUGGUCUCGAGAAGGUAGACGGUGGCUCUGAGUCUUCUUCUGCUGAAGCUUCCGCUGCUCCAUCUUCUGCCCAUGGCGGCUGGAACAACACUGUCACUGAGCACAUCACCGUGACCGGUUACACCACCUACUGCCCUGAGUCUACUGUUCUCACCAUCACCACCUGUGAGAACAAGGCCUGUGGUCCUAAGACCAUCACUGUCUCCGAGGCUCAAACUGUCACUGUCACUGAGGAGUGCGUUGUGCCAAAGACCUCCACCACUCCAGUUGUUGCUCCUACCACCACUGAGCCAGCUCCAGAGACCACUGAGCCAGCUCCAGAGACCACCAAGCCAGCUUCUUCCAAGUCUGAGGUGACCUCUGCUCCAAAGCCAACCACUCCUACCACUGUUGCUGAUGGUGCUGGUGUGAAGAACGCCGCCGGUGCUGUUCUUGGCUUUGCCGGUGCUGCUGCUCUUUUGAUUUAA